UCUUGUUCAGCACCCAAAGUCGAAGGAUAGCUCUGGUCUUUCAAUGGACGAAAGUGCUAGAUUUGACAGUGUUGUAUAAUAGUAUAACCAAUUCUCAGGUUCCAUAUUUGUUUUGGACGGUCGCAAUUGUCUUCAUUUAUUGUGAGAGACAGAACUGGCGUCAAACAUGCGUAAAAAUCAACGCUGUCCAAGCAGGGAACCACCGAGAAAAGAAUUAUCGCCGCUCAACUGAGGCCAAUCUCGAAUAUUUUAGUUAAAUAGGGAAACACAUCAUAGAUAGCUAGCUAACAUUAGCUCCGUAGGUGGCUCGGUAAACGACAUAUCUUCACAUAAAAGCAGAGUCACAUAAUCAAGAUUGGAUCUACAUUCGCACAACAGCAGGAAAACCUAUAGGCAGCAAUGGGUGCAUUCCUAGACAAGCCGAAGACAGAGAAACACAGUGCCCACGGUGAGGGCAAUGGGCUGCGCUAUGGCCUGAGCUCCAUGCAGGGCUGGCGAGUGGAAAUGGAGGAUGCCCAUACCGCUGUGGUCGGCCUUCCCCAUGGACUCACCGACUGGUCCUUCUUUGCUGUCUAUGAUGGCCAUGCUGGCUCCCGGGUCGCCAACUACUGUUCUGGGCACCUGCUGGAACACAUCUUGUCAGGAGGGGCUGAGUUUGGUGCAGGACCAAGCUCUGUGGAGGGCGUGAAGGAUGGCAUCCGCUCAGGCUUCCUGAACAUUGAUGAAUACAUGCGCAACUUCUCUGACCUGCGACAGGGCCUGGACCGCAGCGGAUCCACAGCUGUGUGCGUGUUGCUCAGCCCCACUCACCUCUACUUCAUUAACUGCGGCGAUUCACGGGCCGUGCUGAGUCGAGACGGGAAGGUGGGAUUCUCCACCCAGGACCACAAGCCCUGUAAUCCCCGCGAGAAGGAGCGCAUCCAGAAUGCAGGAGGCUCAGUCAUGAUCCAGAGGGUAAACGGCUCCCUGGCUGUGUCUCGGGCCCUGGGGGACUACGAUUACAAAUGUGUGGAUGGAAAGGGCCCCACAGAGCAGCUGGUGAGCCCUGAGCCCGAGGUUUGUGUAUUAGAGAGGGCAGUGGAAGGAGACGAGUUUGUCGUGCUGGCAUGCGAUGGAAUCUGGGAUGUGAUGUCCAACGAGGAGCUGUGUGAGUUUGUCCGCUCACGACUGCUGGUUUGCGAGGACCUGGAGAAGGUCUGUAACUCGGUGGUGGACACCUGCCUUCAUAAGGGGAGCAGGGACAAUAUGAGCGUGGUGCUGGUGUGUUUACCUGGUGCUCCUAAGAUGUCAGAGGAGGCUCUGAAGAAGGAAGAGGAGUUGGAUAAAUACCUAGAAACCCGUGUUGAAGAGCUUCUGGGAAAUGGUGGGGAGUCAGGAGUCCCUGACCUGGUGUCUGUCCUAAGGAGCAUUGCCUCAGAGAACAUCCCAAACCUUCCACCUGGAGGAGGCCUGGCCAGCAAACGGAGUGUGAUUGAGGCGGUGUACAACAGGCUGAAUCCUCACAGAGAAGAGGAAGGGGCCUGUGCGGGGGGAGAGGAGGAGAAGGAGAGUGAGGAGGGAGGUGGCAGCACGGCGGCUCAUCUUUUGGAAGCUCUGCGGCAGUUCCGGCUGCACCACCGGGGGCAGUACCGCACGGUGCUGGAGGAGUCCCUGGCUAACUACACCCUGCGUGGGGAGAGUGCUGUCAAAGGAGCUGGGGGCAGCCUGAGGACAUCCGACAACGAGGACGAUGGCGACCAGGAGCAGACCGCCUCCCCUCCCUCUCCCCCCUCACCCCCGCCCUCACCUGCCACUGCAGAGUCAGAGGCCAGCCAAGAGGCACCUGCCACUGAAGUGCUGGUGAGCUGGAUGACCCCUGGUAGCCAUGGCAACAACCCCCCGGUCUCCUCCCGGUGAUCCAUGCAUCCACCUGGAGGAAGAGUGUCUCUCCAUUGCGCCAUGUCUUUCUCCACUAAAAGAGGACAUGUGGUGUGUGCUGGAGUGCGUGAGUGUGCGUAUGUUGGUUGUGCAUGUGUGUGUGUUGGCAGCAGUGGGACAAAGACUACAACUAAACACACGCAUACUGCUUUAAGCCCGGAGGAAAAGCCGAAUCACUUUUCAGAAAUGUCGAGAUUUUAUGAACUGAAGCAUUGUGAUGGUAGAGAUGAUUUUUACCAUUGAGGUGUUUCUUUCUUUCUUUUUUUCCCCCCCUUUCUUUUCUUGAAUGUUGACUUUGAACACAUGACUUCACAAUGACAUGAGGACCUAUUGUGAGCGUGGGUUUGCAUGUGUGAGAGGCUUUGUGUGAGUGUUUAUAUGAGGGCCAAGAGGACACAGAUGGUGGAUAAAGACUUUGUUCGUAAUACUUUAUUUUUGUGUGUGUUUUUGGGUCUGAUAAUUGCCUAACAACCUUGCUUCUUCCCUCUUUAAAACGCACACACACACUCUCUUACACACACACACACACACACACAAAACCAUGCACACACAUCCACCACCUGCCCCCCACUUCCACCUGUGCACGUAUGUGAUGUGCCACCUUCGCAGGGCACUGCAUGAGGACUCUGGUUCUACAUGUACAGCUAUGUGGUUUUCUAAUCAUUCUGGAUGGACAGCCAUUGGUUGAGACUGACUGAACCUGAAGGACCUCUGGACUCUGAUUGGCUCCUGCUGUGUGAGAAGUGAAAUGAUUACGAUUUUAUUUUUGUUGAUACUAUUACAAUGAUGAUGACGAUAAUCAUGAUGGGUGGGGGAGGUUAUCACUGAAGAGCCAAGUGGCUUUUGG